CGGGGCCCGGCGUCUUCCGCCAGGCUCCGCCCCUUCCUGCGCACGUGUGGGCUGCAGUCCGCACCUGCGGCCGGUGAGUCCUCGCCGCGGGUCCGCAGGUGUGGAGCCCGACGCGGCCCCGCCGCCUCGCCAUGGGGGUCCCCAAGAGGAAGGCCCAGGACGGCCCGGACGGCGCGGCGUCCCCCGCGGGCGCAGCCAAGCGGGCCCGCACCGAAGAGCUCACGGGCGUGCGCUUCAAGACUCAGCUGAAGGACCCGCAGACCGCGGGGCCGGCCCUGGAGGCGUUUGUCCGUGCGGCCAAGACGCUCCCGCGGGAGGACGUGUACGACGUCGUGGAGGGCUACGUCAAGAUCUCCGUCGAGUGUGCGGAGGUGUUCCAGCUCCUGAGCGGGGAGAAGCGGCCGGAGAGUGAAAUGCUGUUGAUACUCGAGGUGUUCGAGGCCAUAUUGCUGCGGACGGCCAGCGACCUGUCCCAUUUGCACAUCGUGGGCACCAGCGUUGUGAAGAAGCUGCUGAACAACCACAUGAAGCUCAUCUGCGAGGCCCUGUACGCCUCGGGCUACAGGAUGGCCCGGGCCUGCCUGAACCUCCUGACCGCCAUGGUGACCCAGGGCCCCGAGGCCGCCAGGGACGUCUGCGGCCGCUUCGAUCUGAACAACAAGGCCUUGCACAGCCUGGUGACCAGGAGGGGCCUGAAGGGCACGCACGACGUCCGGCUGGCGUACAUCCAGUUUGCCCUGGCCUUCCUGGUUGCCGGAGACGACAGCACGGUGCUGCAGGUGCUGGAGCUGAAAGAGUUUAUCCCUUGCAUUUUUAGCUCAGGCGUGAAGGAGGACAGGCUCUCCACCGUCAACAUCCUGCUGUCCACGCUGAAGACGAAGGUGGUUCACAACAAGAACAUCACGAAAACCCAGAAGGUGCGAUUCUUCACCGGGCAGCUGCUCACCCACAUUGCGUCUCUCUACGGCUGGAAGGGAACCGUCGAUGUGGACCUGGAGAGCGCCGAGGGUCCGGCCGAGGAUGCGGGGAAGGCCGCGGUGCGCGAGCUGGUGCACGGCUUCCUGCUGGACCUGUGCUGCUCGCUCAAGCACGGCAUCAACUUCCACGACGCCUCCCUGGGCACCUCCAGCAGAGGAGGGAACCUGACGCUGCUGCACUUCCUGCUGGGUCUGAAGACGGCAGCCGACGACGAGCUGGUGGCCGAGCUGGUGGUGAGCAUCCUCCGAGUGUGCCCGGACCUGCUGAACAGAUACUUCAAGGAGGUCAGCUUCUCCUUCCUCCCGAGAGCGAAGCCCACCUGGUCCAACAACAUGAAGCUCCUGAGCAAGAUCUACGAGGCCCAGCCGGACGUCUCCCGGGCCUUUCAGACCCAGGAGUUCAUCCCUCUGCCCCGCCUGCUGGCCAUGGUGAUGGUGACCACCGUGCCCCCGGUGUGCAACAAGAGCAUGUUCACCCAGGCCCUGAACCUGGACAGCAAGCCGGUGAAGCACACGGCCUUGGGCUUCCUCUCCGUGGUCCUGAGGAGGGCACUGAAGACCAUUGACCACUGCCUGGGCGGCGAGGCCUGGCUGGAGCCCGGCGUGUACACGGCCCCGAUGAUGGAGGACUUCGUGCGGCUCUUCAGGGAAGCCCUGAGCAAGAUUCUACCAGACCUGAACACCAUCGUGUGGGUCUGGCAGUCGCUCAGCAAACAGGGCGCAAAGCAGGACGACGAGAAAGAGAGAGGAAAGAAGCGGGACGGCGGGGCUCCUGCGGCCUGCGAGGCGCCCCCGUGUGACGACGCGGAGACCGUCCUCCUGCGAGCCGCCCUGCUCCAGACCGUCUGCCUGUACCAGAAGGUGGUCCCGCACGUGGUCACGCAGUACAACUUCGACUUCAGCAAGCUCCUGAGAGGCGUCAUCUCCGAGCAGGGCCUCCGCGCGCAGGUGCCCCCCGUCCUGCAGCACCACAUCCUGAAGGUGGCCCUGGAGCUUCCCGCCAGCAAGUUCGCGUGGCUGCGGGCCCAGGAGGGCCCGGAGGCGGACGCCGCCGGGGGAGAGCGGUCCGUGUUCUACCUGCUGAUGAAGAUGCUCCUGAGCAGCACCCACCCGCAGCUCCGGUCCUCCACCCGACUCCUCAUCGUCAAGAUCCUGCGGGACACGGGCGUGUUUGAGCACACCUGGAAGGAGCUGGCGCUGUGGCUGGAGCACCUGGAGGACACGGCGGCCAGCGGCCAAGAGGCCGUGAUGCGGUUCCUGGAGAGAGUCUUGCUGACGCUGGUGGCGGCCCCCCACGUGUACACAGACCGAGUCUCGGACUCCGUCCAGGAGGCCGCCGCGCUGCAGGCCGCCGCGGCCGGGCAGGACGCCGACGACGCCAGCAUCCCCGUGUCUCACAUCGACGACGUGCUGGACAUGGUGGACGUGCUGGUGGAGGGCAGCGAGGGCCUGGACGAGGAGGUCGGGCUCGCGCUGAGCGAAGACACGGCCCUGCUCACGUUCCCGUUCAGCGCCGCCGUGCCCGCGGCCCUGGAGGCCCGGAACAGGCUGCUGCUCGGGGCGGCGGGCGGAGCAGGAGACGGCGUCGUGGCCUACCUGACAGCCGUGCUCACGGACGUCCUGCACAGCCAGCGGGACCCCCUGGCGCUGUGCCUCCUGCUUCAGGCUCACGACAGGUUCGAGGCUCCGGCCCCACCCUGCUGCCACCAGCUGGCCUGCUUCCGCAGCUACUACAGCCUCUGGAUCCCCAAGUCCGCCCGCGAGGCCUCGCCGCUGCAGGUGCCGGGCGGCCUGGCCCCCCGGGUCCCCUCGGCCAGCUCCUUCGGCGCCCUGCUGCAGGCGGCCUUCCAGAGCGAGGGCGGGCUGCUGGACGAGGGGGCGCAGGCAGAGCUGCGGGCUGCCGUCGGCCGCCUCCCCAUGCAGCACGUUCUGCGCGCGGUGACCCACGUGCUGCUGUACCUGCGGAGCACCGUGGAGCGCUUCAGGCAGCUGGGCCGGAGCGCGGGCCCCGCCGUCCUGCAGCUGCUGCUGGACCUGCUGCGGCGCCUGGUCCUGCACUGUGCGCAGCUGGACGCCCAGCGCCGGGAGAGGUGCGAGGCCGCGCGGGCCGAGUCCGAGCUCUUCCUGGACGUGGAGUCGGUGGCCUCGCUGGAGCUGGCCGGAGACAAGACGCUGGAGGAGGUGCUCUUGGCCGUCCUCAGGCACCCCACGCUGGAGGGCUGGUUCCUGGCCCUGGAGCAGCAGGCCCUGCCCCCGCACGCCCUCAGCCCCGUCCUGGCGAAGCUCCUGGCGGCCCACCUCAGCGCUGGCGUCCUGCAGCUGCUGCUGGCGAGCGCGCCCGUCCUGCAGAGCCUCGGCCGGCUGGGCCUCCUGGCCCGGUACUCGGAGGCCGUGGCCCGGACCGUGCUGAAGGAGCUGCGGAGCAGAGAGGCGGGCCCGGCCACGCCGCCGCCCGAGACCCUCCCGCAGCUGGAGGCCCUGCGGGGGCUGCACACAUACAUGGAGGACACCCAGCUCCGCGAGGUCACCCUCGCCCUGCUGCGCCUGCCCCCGGCCCACCUGGUGGCCCAGCCGCCCAGGGGGUCCCCUGGGAGGGAGAGGAGCCUGAGCGCCCUCGGCAGGACUCUAGUGCAGCUGUUGACCGGCAGCCCCCGGGGCCCGCUGCCGGGCAGCGAGCUCCUCUGGGCCUCAGAGUACGUGAGAGGUCUGGGGGCUCUGCUGCCCACGCUGGCCGCGGAUGAGCUGGACGCCGUGUUCCUGCAGUCUCUGCAGAGGGCGCCCGAGCUGGCCUCCGGGGUCAGAGCCGACCUGCUCGACUACUGCCUGGCCCGGCGGACGCGGGCGGCCCUGGGCGUCGCCGCCCUGCUCGUGCCGCGGAGCGGGCCCCACCUGCUGCGCUUCGAGCUGUGGUGCCGGCAGCCGGGCGCGGAGCUGCGCCUGCGGGAGGGCCUGGAGGACCUCCUCCCCCUGGUGCUCGCGUACCUCCAGUGCCGGACCCGGGGUCGCUGCGCGCGCCCAGCCAGAGUGCCCCCCGCUGUCGCCCGCGUCCUGAGGAAGGCCCUGUGGAGGCCGCUGCAGGCCAGGCUCCUCAGCGCCGACGGGCCGCAGGGGUCGGGGCUGCACGCCGAGGUCCUGGCCCAGCUGGUCCCGUUCGCGAGAGCCAAGGACCUCCGAGUCCUCAUGGACCGCCUGCCCAGCUCGCUUCGGACCCCGGGCAGCCAGGCGAGCUGGGUCGUGGCCGACGCUGUCGCUGCCGCCCUGGAGGGCUCGGCGGAGGAGCUGCGGGCCUGGGAGGAGGCUCUGCUGCCGCCCUGCGUGGCGUGGCUGCUCGGGGCCUUCCGCGGCCCCCAGCACGGAGAAGGAGACGGAGACGGCAACGCAGACGGCACCCCGGGUCGGGAGAGGCAGAUGCUGCUGAGGCUGGGCCGGCUGCUGGGCUCCCUCCGCGAAGUGGACCCCGACGACUGGCAGAAGCUGGUGAAGACCGGACUCAAGUUCCGGUACCAGGACCCCGAGUUUCUGAAGGCCCUCCACGCCGCCGUGCCGCUCCUGUACCUUCCAGAAGGCCCCGUGCGCUCGGGCCUGCUCCCGCUGCCGGCACUCCACACGCUGCUCACCCAGCACUCGCUGUUCCUGCCCAGCCUGCUGGCGCCCGAGGGGGAGGACCCCAUCGGCCACGUGAAAGAGGCGCUGGUGGACCUGGUGUCGGGCGUGGUGAGGCUGUGCCCGGCUGUCUGCGACCGCAGCCACUUCGCCGUGCUCCUGGGGGCCUACGGUGCCUCUCUCAGCGUCCUGGACCAGAAGAUCCUGCUCCUCCUGCGGGCCUACGAGCAGAGCGGCCUCAGCCUCGCCAGCUUCAGGGUGCUGCUGUGGGGCCCGGCGGCCGUGGAGCACCACAAGAUGUGCCGGAGCCUGGGCCAGUCACUGUGGCAGCAGCCGAGCGUCGGGGACGUGCUCCGCCUCCUGGACCGGGACCGCGUGAUGAGGACCAUCCUCCACUUCCCCCAGAACCGGAGGCUGCUGCCCCCCGAGGGCGAGGAGGACCCGCUGUUCCGGGACGGCAGCACGGCGGAUCUCGAUGGCCUGUAUGACCCCUGCUUCCUCCUGCACCUCUUCAGCGAGCUGACCCUUCCAGAACUUGUGGUGGACUGUCGGAAAUUCCUGGACUCCAACGCUCUGGGUCUGACCUUCGCGGCCCUCAGCAGCUACGACCCCCAGAUGCGAGCCGCGGCCUACUCCGUGCUGGCGGCCUACUACUCGCACGUGGAGGGGGCCCGGUUCCGAGAGCAGCCCCAGGUGCUGUACCUGCUGGACGUGGUCCGGAGCGGGGUCCGCACUCCCAACAUGAGGCUCACCUUCACCCUGGCCCUCUUCAUCGCCAAAGCCGCCCUGCAGGUGCUGAAACCAGAGGACCACAUGUACCUGAAGAUCAACAAGUUCCUGCUGUCGCACGAGCACUUGAACAUGAACAAAGUCCCCGGCUUCUACCAGUUCUUCUACAGCUCGGAUUUCCAGCACAGCGCCGAGCGGAAGUGGCUGUUGGGGCUCCUGCGGCAGGGCAUCCGCGACAGGCACUGCUUCGCGCUCUACGCCCGGCGCGGCGUGCUCCACGUCCUCCUGUCCUUCUUCCACAGCCCGCUGUGCGACCAGGCGGCGCAGAACUGGGUUCUGGAGAUUCUCCAGCGCGCCGCCCGGGACGCCCGAUCUGCGUACGAGCUGCUGCGCGACUACAGCCUCCUCACCUGGGCCCUGCACACCCUGGAGCAGAACCGGUUCCUGGAGACCCCGCUGCUCUCCAACAUCAUCAGCCUGCUGCACACCCUGUGGGUGACCAACCUGGGGGACAAAGGGGCCGAGCCAGGCAGCCGGCCGCUGGACCCACCCGGCUCCCAGAAGCCCCCGAAGCUGCUGGCCCUGCACCUGGUCAACGAGUUCCUCUACGUCCUCACCGCGCUGGCGAAGCACCUGAGGCCCGGCCUGGCCCCCACCCCUCUGGCCAGCUUCUUCGGGGCGCUGGACUCCGUGCUGAGGUACCGGGCCACCGUCGUGCGGGCCUUCAGGGACCUGGGCCGCCUCACCGUGAACGAGACGGCGCUGUCCACCAGGGACGCUCUCCUGCUCCUGCACAAGUGGAGCCUCCUCGGGGGGGAUGCCGCGCUGCAGGAGGCCCUGGGAGCCACCGCGGAGAAAUUCCAGCUCAGGGAGCUGCUGAAGAUGCUCAAGGACAAGCACAAGCCUGCCGCGCCAGCCCGAGCCAGGGGCCCUCGGGGCUGGAAGAGGAGGCCCGGGGAGGCGGAGGAGCCGGCGGAGGAGGCCGCCCCUGAGCUGCAGGCGUCCGGCUUGGAGACGUGCAGGGGCCUCCUGAGGUCCAUCCUGACCCACUGGGGGCCGGUGUUCCCCAGUCCUGAUCCCACCCUGGACCCCGGGGGCCUGACCUCCCCCCAGAGCCACGCCACGGGCCCUGCGUACGCCAUCGCCUCCCUGGUGGUCAGCUGGGUGCUGCGGGCAGCGGCUGAGCACCCGCUCAGCGGGGCUGAGACUGCUGGACUCUUCCGCUGGCUUCAGAGCUACGUUGUGCCGCAGCCGCUGCUCGUGGCCGACCUGCUCACGGACAGCGCGGUGAAGAGCAGCGUGUUCAAGCUGUACAGCCGGCUCUGGGGCGCGGAGGGGCUGGGGGACCCCGAGCCGAGCGUGGCCUGCCAGAUCAACGCGGUCAUGCUGCAGCUGGUGGCGGCCCUCAGCCCCGCAGGGACGCCCCUGCCCCCGGCGGUCGAGACCCUCCGCCUGUCUUCUCUGGACGACAAGGAUGAAGCCACUCGAGCCUCCGCGGCCUUCCUGCUGUCGCUGCACAUCAAGGACGUCUGGCUGGGGGCCCCGCAGCUGGACGCCCUCGCCGCCCACGUGCGGAUGGUCUGUGACGCUGCGGGGGACUCGCCGAGCGGGGGCCGGGACGCACUCGUCGGGCUCUGCACGGACAUCGCUGCCCUGGCCCCGGCGCGGGGCGCCCUGCCGGCCGGGCUCUAGGAGUCCGGGUCGAGUCCACGGGAGGCCUGCCGGUGACGGGCCUGCACAUUGACUCGGUCUCCUGACAGACGUCGGCUGUGUUUACUGACCAGGGAGCGCACUCUGGGGACCGUGUGUGUGGUCGGCCUCCCCGCAGCUGGGGGCCCUCCCAGGAUGGGGGGG